UCAUACUGCUUCUACUUAUUGCUGGAGUAGAUACUAAAGGAAGCUCGAUCUGUGAAAAUAAUGGCGCCCUUACUUAGGAUGCUGCUUAUGCAACUCUGUUUGAUGGGAGUCACUGCAAUUCAAACGCUGCCACCUCGAGCGAAACCUAACUGUAUCGACCGAUGCGGCAAUGUGACGAUUCCAUAUCCAUUUGGUGUAGGUGAUGACUGCUACCUGCCAACAAACACUUGGUUUAACCUCAUUUGCAAUCUAUCUACGACUCCUCCAUCAACACACUGGUCAGGAUCUCCUUCAAUUACAAUCACUGACAUUUCGCUUGCGGAGGCUGAGCUGCAAAUUAUGGUUCUCAUAGCUAAAGAUUGUUAUAACCACGCAGGCAAUAGUACGCUUAGAAUUUCCCCUCGGUUGUGGGUGCCUCCUGCUUUUACCAUCUCUGGCACAAAAAACAAGUUCAUCGCCGUCGGUUGUGACACGCACGCACUUUUCCGAGGCUACCGGCGGAACGAAAAGAUGUUCCGUACCGGCUGCAUGUCAAUAUGUGACGACCGUAGUAGCAUUUCCGACUCUUGCUCAGGCAUCGGGUGCUGCGAAACUGCCAUCCCUAGCGGACUCAAGAACAGGACCAUCGUGUUGAGUAGCUACUACAACCAUACUUAUAUAAUGGAGUUUAAUCCCUGUAGUUACGCAUUCAUUGUGCAAGAUGGACAGUUCAAUUUCUCCGCCAAAACAAGCUUCGAAGUAUUGAACACCACUAAAAAGCUCCCGAUGAUUCUUGAUUGGGAAAUUGGUGAAGGGCCAUGCGAUGCUGCUAAAAAGAGGGAUGACUAUGCAUGCUCGGUAAAUAGCAAGUGUAUCAACCGGAACGUAGACGUCGAGUCUGGAAAGUCCGGUUACUAUUGCCAGUGCUUCCCAGGCUUCGAAGGAAACCCAUACCUCAAUUGCAGUGAUAUAAAUGAGUGCAACGCUGAAGUUAACCCUUGCGAGAAUGGAAGGUGCGAAAAUCGGCCUCCAGGAAAUUACUCUUGUACAUGUGAUAGUGGGUACAAAAAGGAUGGGCUGCUGAGGCGUUGCAUUCCAUACCAUAAGGAAAAGAAUACUUUCCUGCAAAUUUCAUUGGGUGUGUCUAUAGGCUUCUUGGUUUUAUUAGUCGUAGUUUUCUGCAUAUAUUGGAAAGUGAAUGAAAUCAGGCUCAUCAAACUUAAAGAAAUGCACUUCAAACAAAAUGGUGGCUUGAUGUUACAAGAACAGAUUAGGGCUCAUGGAGGAGGGAUGGAGACACCAAAUAUCUAUACUGCAGAAGAACUUAAGAAGGCCACAAACAACUACCAUGAAGAUGAAAUCCUUGGUGAAGGAGGAUAUGGAACCGUUUUCAAAGGAGUGUUACGAGAGAACAAAGUGGUAGCCAUCAAAAAAUCCAAAGCCGGUGCUCCAACACAAAGCGAGCAAUUUGUCAAUGAGGUUAUUAUUCUUUCUCAAAUCAACCAUAGAAAUGUGGUGAAACUGUUAGGUUGUUGUUUCGAGACUGAGGUUCCUUUACUAGUAUACGAGUACAUCACCCAUGGCACUCUUUCUGAGCAUAUUUUCAAUAAGGAAAAAGGAUCAUCAUCACUUUCAUGGGAAUUACGAUUGAAAAUAGCAUCAGAAUCUGCAGGAGCACUGGCAUACUUGCACUCCUCUGCUUCAGUACCAAUCAUCCAUCGAGAUGUUAAGACAACGAAUAUACUGUUGGAUGACAGUUACACUGCCAAAGUGUCUGAUUUUGGAGCUUCACGUUUUAUUCCCCUGGAUCAAGCUCAACUAGAAACACUAGUGCAAGGAACACUCGGGUACUUGGACCCUGAGUACUUCCACACAAGCGAACUAACCGAAAAGAGCGAUGUCUACAGCUUUGGAGUUGUCCUCGCAGAGCUACUUACGAGUAGAGUUGCACUUUCUUUCUCCAGGCCUGAAAAGGAGAGAUGCCUGGCAAAUUUCCUUGUUUCUUCAAUAGAGAAUGAUUGCUUGAUUGAAAUUCUUGAUGCUGACAUAGUGAACGAGAAGAACAUAGAGACGGCACAGCAAGUUGCUUAUCUCGCAAGAAGAUGUCUUAGUAUAAAAGGGGAGGAAAGGCCUACAAUGAAAGAAGUUGCCAUGGAGUUGGAGGGAAUGCAAAUUACAGGGAAGCAUCCGUGGGUAAAUAGUGUUCAUUCAUGUCCGGAGGAGACUGAGUACCUGUUGGGAUCACCAAUCAAUUCAGAAGCUUACGUUGGGAAUGUCAGAGGUGAUGUUGAUCAUAAAGGCUCUAGUGCUACCACUAGUGGGUAUGACAGCAUGCAAAUUCAAAUGUUAAUGCCAUAUGAGGAUGGGCGAUGAUUCAUUAUCCUCAGUUUUUAGACAGUUUGUUUGAUGCAAUUUGGGUCCUCUUUGGAAAU